UCUGCUAAAAACGCAAGCUCGCCAGAAACCUCGAAACCAGACUUGGUGGCAUUUGCAAUCUUCUGGGAAAAUGUCUGUGGUGCCGCUCCACUCGCUGGGUAUCUUGCGCCGUGACGGUAAAGGAGAUGCAUUUGGGUGAUGUCGCAGCCCUCGGGUGCCAGAGGGCUCGCAUCAGUCUGUACCAGAGCUUGCGUCAUGCGGUUGUGGAUUGAUGAGCGGAAACUGGAAAGCGUCGCCAUUGUUGUAGGGGUAAGCUGGUGCUGUUUGAGCAGCAGCAGGCUCAGCUCCGGUUGGCGUAGGCCCCCUACAGAUAAAAUCAGAUAUAAGAACAGUUUCAGUAUAGAAGUUUAG